GGAUACAUUAUCCCACUAUAGAAGCAUAGACAAAAACCCAAAAUGUUCUGCUAAGUAGUUUAGGAUACAUCAUCCCACUAUAGAAGCAUAGACAAAAACAGUUUGACUAAGUUGGUUUUUACGAGGGUGUUUUGCGUGAGUGCCAUUACUUUUUGUUUUUUUAUGGGUUCAAUUAGAAUGAAGCGGGGGAUAACUCUUUUUCUGAGUUGGUAACUACAGUAAUAAAUAGUAAUAUACAUGGAAAAUACCCCUAAGAAAUAGAUGUGUCCAUGCCCAGUUCAGAGCCACACCAUAGGUCAUAACCCUAAGAAGACACAUUUUAGUAAGUGGUGAACUACUUUAUUACUCCUUAAAAAAUACUAUGAGAUUGAUUCCAAUAUAUAUAUAUAUAUGAUGUGUAGUAGAGCUUAGCUUAUCAGCUAUUUGGUUGGUGAGCUAAUUAUAGAUAUUGUCACAUCAUCCAUCACAUAGGGUCAAAUUUUGUUAUGAACCAACUGAAGCAAAUACAUGCCUACACCCUCAGAAAUGGCACAGACUUCUCCCGGUUCCUCAUUGUCAAACUGCUUGAAAUCCCCAACAUCCCGUAUGCCCACGCACUGUUCGAUCUUAUUCCUAGCCCAGCUUUCUAUCUAUAUAACAAGCUCAUUAAAGCAUACUCUUCUCAUGGCCCUUACCAUCACUGUUUGUCCCUCUUCAAUCAAAUGUGCCUCCAAGGUUUCUCCCCAAACCAACACACCUUCACUUACCUCUUCUCUGCUUGUGCUUCCCUUUCCUCCCCGCGCAACGCUCAAAUGCUCCACACCCAUUUUAUCAAAUCUUUUUUCCAAUUUGACAUGUAUGCUUUAACAACUUUGGUUGACAUGUAUGCUAAACUGGGUUUGUUGGCAUGGGCUCGCCAACAAUUUAAUGAAAUGAGAAGAAGAGAUGUGCCCACCUGGAAUUCGAUGAUUGCGGGGCAUGCUAGGUGUGGGGAUAUGGAGGGAGCAUUAGAAUUGUUCGGUUUGAUGCCUAGGAGGAAUGUGAUUUCAUGGACAACAAUGAUAUCUGGAUAUUCACAGAAUGGGCAGUACGGAAAGGCACUUGAGAUGUUUAUGGUUAUGGAGAAACAGAAAGGAGUGAAGCCAAAUCAAGUGACAAUAGCUAGUGUUCUUCCAGCCUGUGCAAACACUGGGGCAUUGGAAGUUGGGCAGAGGAUUGAAUGGUAUGCAAGGGUAAAUGGAUACUUCAAAGAUAUGAUUGUAUGCAAUGCUAUACUGGAAAUGUACUCCAGGUGUGGUUUGAUCGAUAUGGCAAAGCGAGUGUUUGAUGAGAUUGGUAGCAGGAGAGAUGUGUGGUCUUGGAAUUCAAUGAUCAUGGGUUUGGCUAUCCAUGGAAAAUGCAACGAGGCUCUUCAACUUUUCCAUGAAAUGCUGAGAGAAGGAAUGGCACCUGAUGAUGUCACUUUCGUGGGGGUUUUGUUGGCAUGCACUCAUGGAGGCAAGGUUGAAGAAGGCCGCAAACUAUUCGAAUCAAUGGAACACAAGUUCUCGAUCACUGCCAAAAAAGAACACUAUGGUUGCAUGGUCGAUCUCCUAGGCCGUGCUGGAGAAUUGCAUGAUGCUUAUGAGCUCAUACAAAGUAUGCCUAUGAAACCAGAUGCUGUAGUAUGGGGAGCUAUGCUGGGAGCAUGCAGUUUCUCUGGCAAUGUUGAGCUGGCUGAAAGAGCGGCAGAGUAUCUCUUUGAGCUUGAGCCAUGGAAUCCAGGAAACUACGUAAUUCUUUCCAAUAUAUAUGCAAAAGCAGGCCAAUGGGAUGGAGUUGCGAGGCUAAGGAUGCUGAUGAAGGGCUGCCAGAUAACCAAGGCUGCAGGAUAUAGUUUUAUCGAAGAGGGAGGCCAAAUUCACAAGUUCAUCGUAGAAGAUAGGUCGCAUCCAAGAUCUCACGAGAUAUAUGCGUUACUGGAUGAAAUUUCCAUUAGGUUGAAGCUUCAUGGAAAUCCAUCUCAUUUAGAUUAUGCCGUUGAACAAUUGUGCAUAGUCAACUAGAUUCUAUUGUUUCUAUUUAUUGAACCGUAAUCUCUCUACAUUAUUUAAAUUACAACACAAUAUAUCUAAAAUUGACAGAUAUUUAAACAUAAA